AUGGGUGAUUUCUACAGCCAAUUCCUUUCUACAAUGACGGGAGCGGACGGCUACUUGCCUACGAGCCCCGACGAGCUGAACCCGGGCUUGAACCCGGGCUUGAACUCGGGCUUCAUGCCUGGAAGUGUGCAGCAUAUGCCCAUGAGGACCCCAGAGAUACCUUCGCCGUAUCCCCCUAAUUCUAUUUCUGAAUAUUUCGCUACGUAUGCGGAGCCUGCUGUUCCUAAUCCUAAUCCUCCUCCCAGGGCGGGCAAAGGCCGGCGGCGAUCGACCGCAAACCAAGGCGGCGGCAAUUCGGACCAAGUGAAGCAUCGGAGAACGCGUUCUGGCUGCUAUACAUGUCGAAGCCGCCGAGUCAAGGUAGGACAAAUCGCAAAGCUUUGCAGAGCAAUUUCAAUAAUCAAAGGAAACCGAGAAUGCUCUUAUCCUGAACUGCCAGGAACAAAAGGUAAUUUUGACCGCUCUGCUAUCAAGUCGAAAGACGGUUCAUCUACUAUUCAGUGUAUAAGCCCCGCAUCUUCUAACGAGGUGGAAGAAGACGAUCUAGAGCAAGAAGCAAAGCUUGAGACGAUCCCUGAUGAUGUCGAACCCGAUGGAUUACUACGCCGAGAAUCAAUGCCUGGCAAUAAUGAAAGCGUUUCGCCCGCAAAUUCGAAUUCUACCGUAGCGACGGGAAGCUCGGCACUGGCUGGACAUUCGGGGCUGGAAGGGACUACAGAAUAUAUGCGUCUGCCGCCAGAUUUUCAAAAUUACCUCCAGUUCUUCAAAAAGAAUAUGACCAACUAUCAUUACGGCUUGGCGGUUGAUGAAGACGACUUUUUCAAGUCUGAGUUACCCAUGGUUGCGGUAACAUUUGAGCCGUUGCUCAAUGCGUUGGUUGGAUUCGCUGCGUAUCAUGUCACUCUGCAAAAUCCAAAUGGAAAACUGAACGAUUUCCUCCAAUAUUAUAACAGAAGCGUCGUGCUGCUGCUAAGGCUUUUGAAUAGGGAGCAGACGCACAAUGUCCAUGUGCUUUUGACAAUUCUACAGCUCGCCACCAUCGAGGAGUAUCUGGGCGACUGGGUGAAUCUCAUGGGGCACCAGAAAGCUGCCUUUGAAAUUCUUACUCGCAUCUAUACCCCGCAGACGGCGAUGCAAUCCCCCAUAGGCCGAAUGUGCCUCAGCUGGUACGCCCGAUUUGAUAACAUAGUCGCCCUGAUGGGUAGAUUUCCCACGGAGAUUCCCCGCGAGUGGUUCACCACCAUGGUUGCGUUUUAUCAAAGCCAGAUAGCAUCGAAUCCCGCCGAAUUACGUUGGAGGAUUGAAGAUCGAUCCGCUCGUCUACGUCUCAUCUCCUACGAUAUGUCUGACUUGUAUGCUCGUGGAAGUCGACAGCAAAUCGAUCCAUCAGAUUACGCACUUGAGCACAGUCACUUGACGGCACAGCUCGAGGGAUGGAAAGGAAGCUGGGAUCCAGCUUUAUGCGACCAAAAAUACGUUGUUACUGAUUUCCCUUGGCGGCGUCCCUUGGAUCCUAACGACAUUGUCGAUCCGUACCGCCCAGGAAUGCUCUAUGAGCAUCCUUUAUUUAACAAUACCAUUAUUACAAUGGAAUGGCACAGCAUUGUUAUAAUGCACAAAAGCCAGUCGCCCGACAUGUCUCCAGAACAGCUGUUUGCGGAAUUAGGGGGCCAUGCGUUUGCGGUGUGUGAGCUGUUCGAAUGUAUGGAGCAUUGGCCAGAGCUGCCAGCGGGAACAUUAAUCGCGAUGCAGCCCUGUCUUGCAAUCGCUGGCCUUUUUUUGCCACAUCAACCGAAUCACAAUAUGUGGCUGCGACAGAAAUUUGCGCUUUUGGAAGCUCAGGGACAUAUCAAUCCCAUCACUCGCCGUACAAAGAUGGCGGAGAUCUUUGGAGAUCCUUCAUGUGCUCAUUGGUGGCUACCAAACGACGAAGGCUUUACACCAGUACUUCAAAGUAUACGAGGCUUCGCGGACGAACGAAACACUAGAGCGAUGAAUUCGCAGCAGGUCAACCUCCGCGAAGUGAAACACCUCUUCGACAAACUUAUCCUUGAAUGA